GUUGGGCAUGGUUCUACUGUCAGGAGCAAGGCAGUAUAUGUAAUUUUCAGUCUGUGAAAAUAUUUUAUUUUAUUCUCAUUUUAAACCACCUGCACACUGCUUCGACUUUUGUCAUAAACAGCUCAUUAGAAUGGGGAAGUGGGCAGUAGGGGUUGUAGGGUUACAAGUGCCCCAUGACUUGAUCACUUAGCAGAAACAAAGUUACAAGUCUAUUCCAUGUGUAGUAAUAAAAAGCCACCGAUGUGGUCGACACACAGGUCAAGCUACAAGUCUUCUUGAAUGCCAAUCCUGUUUAUUUUUAUUUUUAUUUUUUUUCACAUGAGAGAAUGCUGCUUCACUACCUCAUCAUCAUCAGCCUGUUUUGCGAUGUCCACCUCCAUACUCUGCUUCUAAUUUCUUAUAGACUCAUCAGUGUGAGCACGUAGUCAUCAGCAUACAAGCAUGCUUUAGGAGGAGCAUCCAAACGGGACUCACCUGAGGGUGCGCCCUGGUGACGCCAGCAUGCCUCUGCCACGAUGAAUUAGCCACCUGCUGCACCUCUGGCACUGUCAUGACGAAAGCAUACGACUUCAACUGGCAACGUCCUGUACCUGAAGCCCUGCUCAAGGGAUGCAUCUUUGACCGUUGGGAAGAGGAAAAAGAACAAGUAGUCUACGAACCUAAUGCUUUGUUCCGAGUUGACGAGUAUGGAUUUUUCAUCUAUUGGAACAGCGACGGAAGGGAUGGUCAGGUGCUCGAAUUGUCACAAGUGAAUGACAUAAGGGCUGGUGGAAUACCAAAGGAUGUGAGACUACUCGCAGAGCUGAGCAGCAAAAACCGGUACGGCCUAGACGAGGUUUCACUGACCAUCUGCUCAGGCACGGACAUGGUCAACAUCAACUACACACAUGUCGUCUGCCCAGAUCCUGAAACAGCCAAGGUGUGGCAAGCUGGCCUGCGCAGCAUCACCAACAACAUCAAAGCCAACAAUGUGUGUCCCGCCACCUGCCUUGAAAAACAUUGGAUCAAGCUAGGAUUCCUGGUGGAUCCAGAUGGAAAAUUACCAGUCCGAAGGAUAGCACAGACAUUUGCAUCAGGCAAGACUGAGAAGCUGGUGUACCAAUGCAUUGGUGAUGUUGGACUCCCAAGUGGCAAGAAUGAUGUCAUCGAACCGAAGGAGUUCACCCUCGAGAAGUUUCAAGAGUUGUACCAAAGGGUCUGUCCCCGCAAUGACAUCGAGGAGCUUUUCAAUUCCAUAACGGAAGGCAGGACAGAUUACAUCAGCCUGAAGCAGUUGAUCACAUUUCUCAAUGAAAAGCAACGCGACCCACGGCUAAACGAGAUCCUGCACCCGUUCUACGAUGAGCGGAGGGCACGGGAGAUUGUCACUGCCCACGAGGCCAACCCCGACAAUGUGCGGGAGGGUCGGCUCAGCCAGGGGGGCCUGGUGCGCUACCUCAUGUCGGAUCAGAAUGCGCCCGUGUUUCUCGAUCGGCUCGACAUGUACAUGGAGAUGGACCAGCCGCUGUCCCACUACUACAUCAACUCCUCCCACAACACCUACCUCACGGGGAGGCAGUUUGGGGGCAAGUCCUCCGUGGAGAUGUACCGGCAGGUGCUCCUAGCAGGAUGCAGGUGCGUGGAGCUUGACUGCUGGGAUGGCAAAGGCGAAGACGAGGAGCCCAUCAUCACACAUGGCAAGGCCAUGUGCACCGACAUCCUCUUCAAGGAUGUCAUCUAUGCCAUCAGGGACUGUGCAUUUGUGACUUCCGAUUAUCCUGUGAUUCUUUCAUUUGAAAAUCACUGCUGCAAAAAGCAGCAGUAUAAACUUGCCAAGUAUUGCCUGGACAUUUUUGGUGACCUGCUGAUUACUGAACCACUGCCAAAUUAUCCGUUGGAACCAGCAGUACCGCUUCCAAGUCCCAACGACCUCAAGAGGAAGAUUCUCAUAAAGAACAAGCGACUCAAGCCAGAAGACGAAAAGCGCGAACUGGAGCUCUGGCGGAAAGGACAGCUUCAGAAUGACGACGAGGAGGAAGAGAAGGAAGAUGCCUCGGCAGAUGCAGCGCAGCUGGAGGAGCAGCUGGCCAUGGCCCACUACCAGUACACGGGGGCCACGGUGCACGUGCACCCGGUGCUCUCGUCGCUCGUCAACUACGCGCAGCCCGUCAAGUUCCAGGGCUUCGAUGUGGCCGAGGAACGGUCCAUCCACUUCAACAUGUCCUCGUUUGCCGAGACGGCUGCCCUCGGUUGCCUCAAAUCACAGGCUAUCGAGUUUGUCAAUUACAACAAGCGACAGCUGAGUCGCAUUUAUCCUAAAGGAACAAGGGCUGAUUCAAGCAACUUUCUUCCACAGAUCUUCUGGAAUGCGGGCUGCCAGAUGGUGGCCCUCAACUUCCAGACACCUGACCUUCCCAUGCAGCUCAACCAGGGCAAGUUUGAGUACAACGGCGGCUGCGGGUACCUUCUGAAGCCUGACUUUAUGCGACGGGCAGACAAGUCCUUCGACCCAUUUGCGGAGUCACCCGUGGACGGUGUGAUUGCGGCCCAGUGUUCGGUGCGGGUGCUGUCGGGCCAGUUCCUGUCGGACAAGAAAGUGGGCACAUACGUCGAGGUAGACAUGUAUGGACUUCCCACGGACACCAUCCGCAAGGAGUUUCGCACCCGCAUGGUUCCUGCCAACGGACUCAACCCUGUCUACAACGAGGAACCCUUUGUCUUCCGAAAGGUAGUUCUUCCCGAUCUGGCUGUGAUCCGGAUAGCUGUCUAUGAUGAGAAUGGCAAAAUGCUGGGUCAGCGCAUCCUUCCCAUGGAUGGCCUGCAAGCAGGCUAUCGGCAUGUCUCUCUACGGACAGAGGGCAACUUCCCCAUGUCACUGGCCAUGUUGUUUAUCUGCAUUGAGCUCAAGAUCUACGUUCCAGAUGGCUUGGGAGACUUGAUGGAUGCCCUGUCAGAUCCACGGGCGUUCUUGUCGGCCCAGGAGAAGCGACUUGUCCAGAUGCGUGCCAUGGGCAUCGAGGAGGCCGACAUCCUCGUCAACCGGCCCGAGCUUGGCUCCCAGCAAAAGAAAGACGACGAAAAGCGGGAGGAGUGGCGUGUGGAGGCCAUCACGGUGGACGCACUGCGGGCAGAGAAGGAGUACAUCAAGCUGCGGCGCAAGCAGAUGAAAGAGCUCGAGGGAUUGCGCAAGAGACACCACAAGGAUAAGCAGCACGUGCAGAAGCAGCAGUGCCUGGCAGUGGAGAAGCUUUUGCCGCGGGAUGCUGGCGACGACUCGGGCACGGCUGCCAGCGAGGACUGCGCAGUGCGGUCACUCGUGGUCAACCAGAUGCACCAGUGGUCGUCCCUGCUGGCCUCGCAGCGCAGCCAGGAAUGGGAGCUGCUGCGCCAGCAGCUCACCCAGCAGGGGGCCCUGCUGCGCACACUCAUGCUCAAGGCACAGGCCGCGCAGAUGAAGCAGCUGGACGCAAAGUUCGAGAGGGAGAACAAGGAGAUGAAGACCAAGCAGGCCAAGGUGUCGGUGGAGACGGCGCGGGAAGUGUCCAGUGACAAGACAUUGCGCAACAAGGCAGAGCGAGAACGGCGAUUGCGUGAGAAGAACAGCAACAACACCAAGAAGUUCAUCGAGGAGCGCAAAUCAGCGGCACUGAAGCAGAGCAAGGAACGCGAGCGCCUCAAGAAGGUCCACGAGAAGCAGCUGCACGACCUGCAGCGCGAGAUCGACAAUGGCCUGGAGCUGUACAACACGGCCGAGCUGGAGUACAAGCUGUGUGCCAAGCUGGAGUGCUUCGUGUGACGCCUGCCAAAUAAGUGGGGCGCUUCCCUGGCUGCUCACUGCUGCCGCUGCCACGACACGAGGAGGGAGGCCUGCGAUUCCGGCGUCGCCCAAGGUCGGCGCUCGGCAACCGGGGCAUGGCCCGACCGCACACGUGCAAGCUUCCCUUCACGUUUUCUGUGCCACAAGUGAGCUGUGCACACUGUGGCAGCUUGUCACAAUGACACAGCCUGUCGUGGAUUCAAAUUCAGGGAGCAGGUGACGUUAUGCUCUCAUUGGUAACCAAGGUUGCCAUUACCGAAAGGCAUUGAUUGGCCUUUUGAGUGCAUUUUCAUGUUCAAUAUACUUGCGCGUGAUUGCAUGACUUUCUUGUAACUAAGAGGAAUCCCCUGCACAGUGAGCUGAAAAGAAAGUUUAGGUGACAUUGUUGUAGCGGUCUCUUUAUUUUUUUCUCUCAUUAUAUGAUAUAAGUUAGGGCUGCUGUGUGGAUUUCAGCAGCACAUUUGUCUUCCUGCAAAGUCAGUCGGUGGAAAAUAUGUGCUCUUAUCUGAAAAUCAUGGCUUCAGAAUCUUGCGAUAACCAAGUGAUGUUAUUUUUCCAUGGUAAAACAGACUGCAAUCGUGGGGAAAUUUUUCAGUGCAAAAUUGUCUUUUGCAGGGGGCUGUCUGAUCACUCUAGGUCUGAGUGGAAGUGAGACCUUUUACUUUGUUAACUUUUCUGGACAGACCGAGGGCUUGUUUCAAUCUGCACGAACUCUGCAUUUCACACAAAGGGCAGCACAGGAAUGGCUGUUGAUUUGAUGUUGUUGUUACUGAGCACGCUCUUCCUGUAGACAAGCAGUCUAGUUGUUGAAGCAUUGCUGAAGCUCAAUGUUGAUGCGACGACACAUGUCAAGACAGAGAAGGUGACACAUUUUGGACGCGCAUAUUGUUUGCCGUCAGUGGGUGGUUAUAUAAACCAGAAAUUAUUUAUUUUGAGGCCUGCCCAUUAGCUCCAUGAAAUCUUUGUGUUUCUAGUGACAGCACAAGGCGUGAGGCCAUCUUAACGCUAUCUUAUUUUCAUAAUUGUGAGGUUUAUAAUUUUCUACCUGCUCCCCACCAUUGUGUUCCUGCAGUAUUUUUGUUUUUGAGGGCACUGUAAGGUGGUCUUGUUUUUCUCCUUUAGUUAAUUUUUCUUGACGUAAACCAUAUUAAAUGUGCAGCAACCAGUCAGUGACUGCUCAUACACAUUUAAGCAAUUUCAUCGCAUGGUGUACUGGCACAAAAUGCAGUUCAGGGCAUCCCUGUUGGAAGACUCGGAACUGCCCGCACUUAAAUGCUAAAGCACUAAAUUUUAGUGUGAGUCGGCCAGUGUGCUGGAAAAGCAUGGUAACUGAGAAAAGUGAGAAUACCUAAGACUAGCUCUUUAUUCGUCAUCUGAAUUCAGAUAAGUUUUUGUGUACGAGACAGAUUGCACUUGCUGCAACAAGCAUUGACAGCAGCGUACAAGGAAACUUGCACUUGAAAGUGUCCACCAAUAAUCUAGUCUUGAAGCUCUUUAAUGGCACAUUUUAUUGGUUUCUUUCAAGCACUCUAGAGAGCUUUGGCCAUGCACAUUGCAUUCGGCGAGUCGAAAUCGAGUGCGUGAAACACAUUUACCUGGUUCAUUCAGAGCACUCGUCACCUCUGCACUGGGAGCGCUGCAGAGAUCCAACAGGACUCCAGUCACGUGACUUUUCCAAUUGCUCUAGGAGUUGCUGAAUGGUUAGCUCGGGCAUGCCUUUUCUCCACUGUCGAGAGGCCUCCACAUUGCCGCAAGUCGAGUCGAAGCGUGGUAGGAACUCCUUUGAGUGUAGAGCAGGGCCUGUCCCGAGUCGUGCGACUGCUUGCCACCUCACCGUCUGCACGGUGCUUUGGUGCCAAUUAAUGCUGCACUACGUUCUUUUGUUUCUAGCUGAGUUGGGGUGUGUAAUGAUGCAUUAUUCCAAGAGGAAAGUGCACAAUUAUUAAUUGUGGGCACUCCUUUGUGCCCCUGGUGCCUGUCACCAGUUAGAAACACGAUGAAGUUACUUGACCAUGCGCAAUUGAUCGCUGGUGAGAGCGAGUGAUACAACUUUCAGCACACGUGGGACGGGGAAUGGGCGGCUUUCCGUUGCUGAUGCGUCCAGUGUAUCUCACCAUCUUCUGUACAGUCCAACAUGAAAUAUCUUUCACUUGUGCAGCGCCUAUGACAGAACCCGAGAGACCACAUCAGGGACGAACCGUGAGAUGAGUAAGCCAUGCUGUCGCGCAUUGGCUUUCGGUGACCUUUUGCUCCUUUUGUAUCUGAUGUUCGUACCUAACCUGUGUGGAACAGAUGGCCAAAGGUGACCAGUGUCGUUAUGUUUCAUUGUGCACUUCUGUGUUGUUUUUGCUCCCUACAAGAAGAAGCCAAAAGGUGUACGAGUUGUUGUUGGAUGUGUACCCUGUUGAAUGUUGAUGUGAUGGAAAAAAUAGGAGUGCCUCUGUAAUACAUAAGUAUUCAGAAGCUAUUUCCUGAUGAUUUUCAAAGUUGCAGGCCUGAUUGUUUACGAGCAUGUAUUCUAGUCACUGAGUUGUUUCCUUUCCAUGUACUUAGUUUGUAAGCAGACGAUGUUUUUGCUGACACGGGUUCACGUGCACGUGACUUCUAAAUGACUGAAUGUAAUAGUGUCAAAUGCACCUCACGUCCACCUCAAGUUUUUCAGUGCAGUUCCUGUAUUUCUUUCUUAAAUAAUGUGCAUUUAUUUUGGAGCUAUGACUUUGUGCACCGUAGUAAUGCAGUGUGAAUACAGUGGCAUUUGCAGAAGCCUAUUGAGUGCCUGCACUUAGCUAUACCUGUUUUCACUUCCUUCACUCGUUAUUGACUGCAUUGUUCUGAUGUCUAGAAAUGCAUGUGGCACCGCAGUUGUGCAAAGUGAGCUCAUGUUCAAACCUGCAUCUCAAACAGGUGGGCAGUUUGUGCACAGUGUGCCUGUGCGCCCAUAGCUCGUUUUCGAGCUCGAGCCUGCACAGAUGUCGUUGGUGCCGCCUCGUACCCUGAGAAACAGCGCAAUAUAAAACCAGCACAAGCAAGACCAGUGCUCAUACUGUGUCGUCUUCCUUGUCCUUUGUUUAUUUCACACUGUUUUUUAGCUACGCUCCUACUGCAGUAACCUCCAUCGAGGUGCAGAUCUUUCUAUCUUAAGUCUUUAGACUUAUCUUCAUCAGAUCUAAAGGUUGAGGUAAAAUUUGCUAGAGAAAUUUAUAGGUAACUACAACACCAGGUGCCACGUACCAGUUACCUAGAAAUUAAGCAUUGCUCUUGUAAAUGUCGCUCUGCUUGAUGCCAUGACCUUCAGACUUGAUAAAAAGUUACUAAAACUGUGAAUUCUGCACAGAUGUCGUCAUUAUUUAAAGUGACGGUAUAGCUGUUACCUUUAUAAAGGUUACUGUGAUAGGAGUGUAGCUUUUGCAAAGUAUCCUCUUGGAUCUGAUAGUUGUUCAGUAUUGAAAAGCUUUGAAAAGUGAAAAGUGUGCUUGUUUAUUGCAGUGUGUGAAAACAGUAUAAAAUUGCACAAACAUAGGAUGCUCUGGAUUUGAAAAAUAAUUUGCAUCUGCAGGUUAUUAACAUGCUGCCCAUAUAGUUUCUCUUCCGCUGUACUUGUUUCCGAACUAGUCGGCUUUAGAAGACUGAUCAAAUGAAGCCAAGAGACAGCCACAAACAUAAACGAAAAAAGUACAUGGUCUCAGCAAAUAUGCGCAAGUUCAACAAUGAAUAAUCUGUGAAGUCCUUGCACAACUUGUGUCAAGAACUCUCUGCUUUAGGAUAAUUCAUUGUGGUAAAAUAACGUAACUACCAUAUUUUCUGGUGUACAAUUUGCACUGUUGAAUAACUUGCACCAUUCCCACAAGUAGGUUUUUAAAGAAUAGGUUGGUACAUAAAAUGCGUGUCUUGUACGACACUACUACUCACUACACAGUCAGUGCGAUCAAAUGCGACACACGUGCUUGCAUUUAAUGAAACAGCAUAAUUGGAAUGCUUUAGUUCAGUGCAAUCUGCCACGGCAGUGCAAAACACACGUGUACAAUUGUCAACAUGAAUUGCACUAUGCUAGAAAUAACCUUUUUUUGUUUUGGAGCACCCAGUUUCACUUAGUCUAACGCUGUGCGCAUGUGAAAACGAAGAAAAUUUGUUCUUUGUUAUGGUUGUCAAAUUUCUUCUUCUCGAACGCAUCAUCAAACAGUUAUUUAAAAAACAGCAUUGCAAAUGUGCGUAUUUGCUCGUUUCCCAUUUUCAAGUGCAAAUACACCAGCAUGUGAUGCAGGCAUAUUGUGCACCAAAAAAAACAGAGGCACCAGAAAUUCAGUUGGCAUAGCAUCCAGGCUAAUGAACGUUGCCACCUUAUCCUGCCAUGUACCGUCUUGAAAGCUUAUUGUUGCACUCAUGCUAUUUAAGAAACCACACAGGCAGUUGUUGUCACUGCCAUGGCAUUGCAAGUUACCUGCACAUCAAAUACUAUAGGCUGACAUGCACUACCAUGACCGUUACGCUGCUAACGGGAGGGUCUGACGCAUGUGGCUGUCGUAAGGCUAUUUGAAGAAAAAGAUAUUAAAACAAAUACAAGUUCAAAUUCAAAUUCGGAUUGUUUAUUAAUCCUUGAAAAAAGAAUAGGAAUGCGUCCAACACUGUGUCCAACAAUAGGAAUGUGUCCAACACAACAAGUUGCGUCAUCACAGCACAGACACAAAUUGGCACUGCGGUAACCUAAUACCACAUUUCCAGAGUGACAUUCUUUUGAUCGCACUGAUCGCAUUCCAGUUGACUUGCUGCAACCUGUGUCACUUCUGCCAUUGUCCCCCUUCGAGGAUUUUGCAAAAAUGGUGCUUUGAGUGAGCUUAGCUGUUUUUUGCAGUGUGCCGUUUUAUGCUUUUCUUGCUUGAACCUGUCGUCCAAACUGCCUCUCAAAGUAGAUGGCUUGAUUUUCCCAAGUCUAGUCCAUGUUUCCGUGCAUUCUCAGGGCAGCUUUCUCCCUAUGCGCCGGUGCUUUCAAAGGGUGCACUGCACAGUAGCCUUGGUGGGAUGACAAUCUCGCUCUCGUUGACACUAACUCAGGCGUAUUUGAAUUAAGGUGCAUGCCAAUAAAAAGAGAAGGAAGCACAUUGUGCAAGGUGUUUUUUUCUUUUUUUUUUAGUAAUGGCUGCAGGGAUGAAUGAAUUUUUUUAAUGCUAUUUACUAGAUAGGAUGACAUUGGUGAAGCAGAACAAGCCUGCCUGCAAACAUUUGUGAGAAGUGUGCUGAAAAGGCUUCCACAUAAAUUAUUUAUUUCUGUCUAAUAAAGAAAUAUGCUGAACCUAACCCGCACCCUCCCUUUUCUGCUACCUUAGUUUGGGUGUGGGAUCAGGUUUUAAGGCUGCGAUAAAUCAGUAGUAUAAGAAAUGUCUGUGGGACACUUUUUAUUUGCUGUUUGCACAGUUGGUAAUUGUCCAAACAGCAAACAAAAAAGUUGGCUACCCUAAUCAACAAUGUGAGACUGCAUCAACCUCGUUGAAUAUAGCAAUGAUGGCAUUGAGCAAGGAGGGGUUAUUUGAUUCUUAUCUAAUUUGUAACUUUGAUUAGGCUGCAAUUAGCAGCAUAUGUGUUUCACCUCUCACACCCAAUAGCACUCGUCUAUCUCACUUUAGGAUAGUUAUCAAAGUAUGCAUACCAAUAUUAGAUGCUACAGUGGAUUAUAUUGUGACAUGCAAUGUAUCGUACACAGGCAAAUGGAACUUUGAACUUGAGAAAACUAAUUUCACUUGAGUCUGCCUAGUGCUGUUGUUGCAUUUUCUGGCAAGUGAAAAUUUUCAACAAUAGAUAUCACUACUAAAGCCUGACGCUUUGAGAAAAGCUGCAUUUGUUGCUGAACGAGGGAGCCUCUGUUCAAAGUGAACUCGGAACAGUGUAGAGCAGCAAGCCUUGAUGAGCAUGUUCUUGUUAGACUUCUGCUCAAGCACUGUUUUGCAUUUUUUUAGACAUAGGUGCAUGCACACACUGGUCACUUCCAAGACUACUGAUCUGACUAUAGCUUGAUCUAGUCUCCUGCAAUGCUAUCAGAUGCGGCUAUAAAAGUCUGCUCAUUCAGAAAACUGCCAUGUGCAUUGAAGUUAAGGGUGGUGAACAAUAAUUGCCUACCUGCUAUUCCCUCGUUUCUGAUGAAAUAUUCUGGAAUGGCUGCACUUAGGAUGCUCGGCAGCUUUCCAACUAGCUAGUGUGGCACGGGGUAAAGUUGUCGGGCAUGCACUGCCAGGUUGGUCCUUGCACAAACCUGUCCUUGUGGAUGAUAUUAAUGAACUGUGCAAACACAAACUUGAGCUACUGCCUAAAACAGUAUAGUGUAAAAGUAGAAAAUAACAAGCUGUUACAAUUUUUUAGCAACCAUAUGUGAAGUGGAAUACAGCAGUCACGUUUGCCAAAGUAACAUUAGGCUGCAGUGGCUGACAAUGUAAAGCUCUCAUGUGAGAAGUGAAGGCAUGUAAACAAGUGAAACUAACACAAACCCAAUCGAGGCAUGAUGUCUUUGUAUUGCUGCCAUUAACAAAAAUAUAGCCAUAGCAUCAACUAUAGCCGGAUGUGAAGCUUUGGGUUGCAAAACCCCAUAAAUUACCAAUUAAUUUCAACUGAGAAGUUAAUUUAUUCCAGUAUAAUUGAGAGUUGGGCAUGUGUAUCAUCUGUUUAGUUGUUUAUGUAGGCUUUUAAAAUGAAAUGCAAUGUCACUGCGAGGCUUUCAUUACUUCUUUUUUAAGUGCUAGUUUUGUGAAGGUAUUCUGUUAUGCAGAACAUUUAUUUUACAGCUACUAUAGGAUCAAGUGAUGAGAAACAAACAUAACAACAGUUGCUCAUAAGCCAAGCUAGAAAGGCUUAACUGGUACACGCAAACGAGGAAGGGUUUAGUCUACGUCAUAUUUUUUUCCAACAUUUCUAGUAGUGUAGCGUAGCGCAUGAAUGACACUAUGUAGUUUUAUCACCAGAGACUGUUUUGCAGUUAAAUUACUUUGCUUCUUGCAUCCUCUUGCUGUGUAUUCAAAGAUUUUGUUUACGUAGUCUUCAUCCUGUAAUCAUGUGGAAUGUAGCAUAAUCUUUUGGAAUGUUACAUUUAUUAGAUUUCUAAGGUUUAUGACAUAAAAAUAAGCAUUCAGCUAUAGAGCAUUCAGAAUUGUAUCCGAACUCUUAAUUGAGAAAUUUGUGACGGCCACACUCUAAUGCCUUGGUUCCGUGCACAGUAUAGGUUCCUUGCAUUAAUCUUUAGCAAGCUACCUAGUUCAUAAGUAGAUGACACACUACUUUUACACAUCACUCACAAAGUAUAGCAUCAUAUUUCAUUAAUUUAAUUGCUGUUCUAUAUUUAGCUUUAAGUGUUCUGUAAAAAGAGGCUGUGUAGGGUUGUUGCAUGCUGCCAGUCACCAAAUUAUUCCUGUAGCAAAAAAUAAAGGUGUCACUUCAGAAAGGAUGUGUGAGGGGCGCUAAAAGCAAAUCUUGUGUCAAUCUAUUACAUAUUAGAUAACACUUCUAAAACCUGGGAAUGUGGUGUUUAUUUUCGUUUUUUUUUUUAACCAUGUGGUUUUAUUUUCAGAGAAAAUUGUGAUGAAGGGGUGAAACAGUAAAUUGGGCGAGUUGGUUAGAGUCUGACCUCGUUCGACCAGUGCAGCCAGACGGAACACAAGCAGAAGAGCAGAGCCCUCUGUUCUCAGCUUGUGCUUCAUUGUUUUGCUCUACACUUAAACAUGGUCUGAAUCUUGCACAUUCAUGUUAACAUACACAGUGAAUACAGUCCUAGAAUGCACGAUUUCUUUUGCAUGUUAGGUGUUUGCCUAGUAUUUAUAAACUUUACAUUUAAGAUAAGGGGAUUCAAGCUAGGAAACAUCAUUUUCUGAUGUAACACGUGCCAAUGUUUCUGAGCAUCGUCUCCAUUUUUGCAGAUAAACAAGAUUUUAGAGACAAUCACAUUCUCAUACCUCUUGCACAUAACAGUCAAGAACCAAAGAAAUGCUGGAGAAAACUUGUCAAAAUGCUUUCAGGCAAGAGAAGGGACGUUGUGCCAGACUUGCUUUGUACUAAACUACGCAGUGCAUUGUUGGUGAAUAGUAGAAUCAGUUUUUUGUUUCUUUGGAAUAUCUGCUUGUUCUCACGGAAAUUUUUGCUGACCAUAUUCCAUGGCUAAAUUCUGGAACUACAUGUCCAUAACUCAAAAUUAGCAUGUAUUCUGCCAUGUGGCUUAUUAUAUGGUCGAUGUGUCAGAGCUGGUAUUAGUAGUAUUUCCUAUUUUAUGAAAGUACUGUGCCAGCUAUGGCCUGCCAACAUAGUGCACCAUCGGAGUUGAAACAUUUCAGCUGCAGUUAACUACGCCAGAGCCAUUAACAGGUACCAUUGCAUUUGUUGAAACACCUAGAUUCAUUAAAUUAUUACUCAUGUAAAAGCUAUUAUGAUCAUGCGCAUUGAUUUGCCUGCACUUUAAGUCUGUAAAACUCACUUGAUAGUAAAAAUAUAUCCAUAGGUUUUGAGACAUUUGAUAUGAAGGUUACUAGGCUGGUUGUAGGUAAACUGCAUUACAGCUACAGACACGGUUAAAAUAUAGGUAUUGCACCUGCAACUUCUGUUAAGCUGUCAUGCUGUCAUGCGAACUCCUUGCAUACUUUUUUUUUUUACGCUCCUGGCAUUGAUUUCUUGCAGUGGCUUGGCUUCUGUUUCAUUUGUGGAUGGUUUGUCAAUGCUACUCAUGGCAAACUGACAUGUACAACGUUCUGUCAAGCCUCAUAUGAGUUAUUCAGUCAUUGAUUUAGGUUUAUUUUCACUGCUUCUCAUGUGUACCAGUGAGCAACUACCUGUGUUGAUUUAGUAUUAACAGUACUAUAUAACUUGAUGAACAGUGUACAGUAAUCAAUGCUGCCUGAAGAAAUUGUGUGCUGCGUAAAACGUUUUUGCUUUCCGAACAAAAGCAGCUCAGCCUAGAAUGCAUAGCACAUCCUGGAGGGAAAGGUGCCAUCCACGCAGCCCUCUUCAGUGGUAAUUCAGUCGGUGAGAGAACGAUCGAAACUAUGCAGCUCAGUUAUGCUGAUUACUUGGUGUGCAGUGUACGCAACUUAAAUGUCAAUUACUGCAACAAUAACACUUUGAUUAACAAUUUGCUAAAUGGAUGCACACGGUUCUCAGUGUACUAAAUUUAUCCUUGAAAAUGUAUUGGCUAUGAGGUUCUGCUCAUAAUAUCUAUCGUUUGCUCAGGCACUAACUGUUGCUGUUAGUGACAGCACCACAAAAUGAGUAGGACAAUGAUGCAUGCAUAGCCACAUGAAAUCAAAACACAUCUAAAAUUGUGUGCAACCUCAUGGUGGUUGGGUAGGCUGCAACGCAGCAACUAAAAUAAAAUGAUGAAUGCCAGCUCAAAGCCUCUACUUCUUGCCAUUCAUGUGGUAGUUAAAUGACAGCACUAAUUUUACCCCUACUAAGCCUGUGCAAAGUUCUUAUGACAGAAGCUAUGAAUGUGAUGAGCAUUUUCAGGGCACCUUAAGGUAAUCAGACUGUGCCAAGUUAAAACAGAUCAGAGUCUGAAAUGUGUGGCAGCAACGACAAAGUUUUCUUGUAUAUAUACUGGCAGUAAGUUGAGGGGAGACCUAGCCAUAAAUUACUUGCAGGUCAAAAAGACGAAGGAAUAGCGUAGAGGCAGACACAUGCUCUCGAUGUCUUGAAGAGGCAAGAAAGGAAAAGCAACUCAAAAUCGCAAAAACUUCCAAACUGAAAUGAAGGAUGAAGAAGAUAACACAAGAACAUGAAAGGAAAAAUUGUCAACCACCUGACCGUAGCACAAAGCUACAAAAAAAAAGCCAUGCAGAUUUCUCAGAGAUCAUAUGAGCAAUCCGUAUGGGUUUUCUUUGUAGCUUCACGCUGCGGUCAGGUGGUUAACUUUCCCUUUGAUAAACCUUCCUCCACUUCGUGAGCUUUCGCAGAACUGAUCUGCCAACACAGGAACACGUGACGUUAUUUCCUUCAUCCCAACUGGCAGUAUUAUUACGAUCACAUUAACUGGCUUAUACUCACAUUCAAAGAAACUUCUAACUUGUUUUAAGCAUGUUUUUAGUUUACAUAACCAAACAUACUAUAAUCACUAGUUUUCACAAUAAAGCAUAAACAGAAUGUAAUAAGUUAGUGGUUACAGUAACUGAAGAGCAAAUUUAAGAAAUCAUAGCCAGCUGUUUAGAAUAGACACAGGCAGAAAAGCACAUGUACUCACCUACUGGCUGCAGUUAGUGAUCUACUUCAUGCUAGCUGCUACAACAGAUCACCUGGUUGACCAAACAUUUAUUUUAUCAAAGAAAUCUUAUUCCUUCUCAUAUCUCACAGUUGUGAAUGUCACAAUUCUUGGUUAUUACUAUCUUUAAUGCAGCUUACACUUGUGCAGUUUUCAUACAAGCAAUGUUAUGUCAGUCAAAAGGAAGUGUAUGCAAAGUAACUUUAGAAAAUCAAUAAAGUUACAGUGGCCUCAAAACUAACUAUUGCUGUUUUUGGUAAUAGUCGAUAAAUUAUUAUUUUACAAAGGCCACUCUCUUUUACAUAACGAAUGAAUAUGUGGCAUAUUUAUCAGCUAAAUUGAUGCUGUACAGUGUGACAAUAUGUGCAGCUAUUGUCCCUGAGAUACCUUAUAGUUCAAUAUCAUACACUGUGCAAGAUCUGACAUUAUUACUAUUUUGCUAGUCAAGCAGUUUUGUGCCAUUCUGCUAACCUGAGGGAAACUUGAAUCUUCAUAACAUGUCAUGAAACAUGAACACGACAGCUUGAACUAGCACACUGAUAGCUGCUGGUACUUGGUAUGCCCUUCUGUUGUCUACUUAUGUGCAGACACACAUUACAUGCCGCAUCACGUGGCUUUUGCAUUUACUGGACACAAGUUCAUUUGAACAGUAUCAGGUUUUGUGAGGCUGACAAUCAUGGCAGUUUGGGAAAAGACCUUCUCAUUUCAGUUGCUUUCUUUACAAAGUGGACAUUAUCUUUUCUAGCAGCGUGGUCUUUGCUUACUAUACAAUGCUUUUCAAUUACCUUUUUUGCUGCAAGUAAUGCAACCUUUCCAUUUAUGAUUAGGUCAGCCUGUUUUUAACUCUAUAACAGUUUCUUGCUUGUCGCAGGUUGAUAUCUAAAAAAAUGCAUGAUUGUUUUGGUACAAUUUCUAACUGAAAGAGCAGAGGUUUGAGGCCUCAGGGCAUCGAACUUAUAAACUUCUUAAACAAGAAUACCGUCACCUGCAUAUCCGUGAUUGUUUCAGGCGAUUGGGGAUGGUCGUAUGUGCUCACCUUAACCGUCGUGUAUUUCGCACUCUUGCAAGUUGUUCAGGCACAGCUGUGCUUAUUUCUUGUAUUUUGUUAUUGAACUAUCCCCUUGCUGUGCACUUGAUGCUGUGAGUGCAGAUCAUGCUUUUCUGACCAUAGAAAAAACAAGGAUCCGUGUUAAGUUGUUCAGACAUUUGCAGUAAGGUGUCUUGGAGCUUUUUCUCUUUAGACAUAUUUUUUGACUGAGCUAUGCAAAUUGUGUAAGGCUUGACAGUAAAUAAUGUUAGACAGUAAUUGAACACCACUGAAAUGUCUGGUCCCAACUCACCUUUUUCUAGCACCCUGCAUGCAGAGGCAUCUGCAGACAAAAUAGAGCUAAAGCUAGCAUAAAGCAUGAUGAAACUGCCGAUUUUUUUUUUACUCUGUACCUUAGCAGCAUUUUUUCCCACACAGUAUAAACUAGCACGCUUAACUGAACACCUCGAUAGGUUCCUUGACAUUGUACAACCUGUAACUGUGUCCUUGCCAUUUGUGUGACCCAUACCUGGCAUCCACGGCAUGCUGUUGCCUAGCCGUCACUUUGGACGAGCGCAGUAAAAAAAACUUAGGUUGGAACAAGUGUGCUACCGUGACAGACCACAUCAGCUAAGGUGCGACCCAAACAGCAACUUGCAUGCUCCACUUGCACUUCUGUUGGUGAAAAUUGCACAAUGGCCAAACUGCACAAGCACCUAGAAGCAUGCGUAUGGCAUAGCAAUCCGUAUUGGUCUUCACAUGCCUCGUGAAACAUUACAAACCACCUUAGUGUCUUCUCACAUUAAGCUUUGCUAUCUUGGUGACUUCCAGGUAAAGGUAACUGUCAGAAAUGUGCCAUUUACUUCAGAAUUGCCACCACCACCUGAAAGCUAAUGAUGACCAGAUCUGAAGCCAGAGCUUGAAGACCACAUGCCUGCCAGGCCAUAACGUUCUUGUGUUGGGGCUGCUGUCACAGAGGAGGGCCCUUCCCGCUCGGCUUGCGGCACAGGUUUGCCGUUGUUGAUGUCAUCCAACAGCGGUGGACCUAACUUGCGGACCAGGCUAGUCAUAGCAGAACAACACAGGCAGUGAUGUAGAUACUAACUAGUCAGAUUCAACUGAGCAGAUGAUACGUCUGCAGGGUGGCCAGCGCUCACCUUUUGCUUAGCUGUAAGCUCUCCAGUGAACUUGUCUUGCUAACAUUGCAAAAUCUGGUCUUCCAGCCACUGAACCCACCUCACUGAUGCUCUAUUAUUAGCCACACAACAGGUAAUAUUCAGGUUUGUGGUGCAGUAAAACCUGGUGCACAAAGUAUGAAGUGAUUCUCUGUUGGGUUCACCAUAGCUCAACCAGCAGUGGAAAAUCAGUUUCGACCCCAUCUUGUAGAAAGUGGACAACAUCUGCACUUAGGAGCAGUACGUUAAAAAGCAAAGGAAGAGCGUGGCCACAGUGCAGUGACGUGAAAGAAUCAAUCUUUUCUACAAGCAUUUAGCAAAGGUAUUUUUCGAGUAUGUCUGUUAUCUAUUCCAUGUUCCCAUUUGUAUUCAGGGAACGGGGUGGAGCAUUUUUGGCAGUGUGUCGGUGUGUUUAAUCCCCGAUGCAUUUAAGGUAUGCCUCCCCCUCGAGACCUUGACAAGAAAUUGUGACGGGAUCGAUCACGUGUGUAAUCUGCUUGGCACUUCUGUUUAAACCAAUCUUGACUUCUUGAUCGCUGUGCCUACAGGAAUACACACAGAAACAGGCAGUGGGUUCCUGCACUGUCAAGAACUUCAGAGUUUGGAACAAGCAAAAAAGUGUGCAGUCAUUAAUGGAUUUUGGAAUGGCUGCACCCAUAUUUUUCACCAAUGUCCGCAAUAGGACCUCACAGAGUGCUUUAUGCAGUGAAACUCAGUAAAAUGUCAUGUGUCUUUUUCAGUCUUUGCCUCCUCACCUAAUCUAUUGCAAAAAUGUAUUUGACAGCCAUGUCAGAAAAAUUUUCAGUGGAAAUUGCUUUGUCCACUUAUGUUUCUGUGCAGUCUCUUGAAGGCAACAGUUCACGAGCUAGCUCAGCAGGCACCAGAUCAGUCCACUUGUUUUCAUAGUUCCUAUAGUAGAUGGUGCAAUGCUGCCAAUGUGUUACUUGACUAGUCUUUCAGAAAAAUCGCUUUGCAGUCCAUUCAGAAAAAGUAAGAAUACAGUUGGUGCUUUUGUGCGCGUGCUUCUGAGGUUCUGUGGUGCCCGCUGUUAUGCCCCGUCUUUUGCUCUAUUGUUUUAUGUACAUAGACUCUCGCUCUCUUGUGGACUUCAAGACAAGUAUAUUAACAAUGUUUUCAAACACCA